ACUGAGCGGCACCAUGGGCGCCAAGGAGUCCCGCAUCGGCUUCCUCAGCUACGACGAGGCCCUGCGGAGGGUUACAGACAUCGAGCUGAAGCGACUGAAAGAUGCAUUCAAGAGAACUUGUGGGCUCUCAUACUAUAUGACCCAACAGUGCUUCAUCAGAGAAGUCCUUGGGGAUGGAGUUCCUCCAAAAGUUGCUGAGGUUAUUUAUUGUUCAUUUGGGGGCAUAUCCAAAGGACUGCACUUCAAUAACUUGAUAGUUGGAUUAGUUCUACUUACAAGAGGCAGAGAGGAAGAGAAAACAAAAUACAUUUUCAGCCUCUUUUCUAAUGAAUCUGGGAGUUAUGUUGUUCGUGAAGAGAUGGAGAAGAUGCUGCAUGUGGUUGACGGGAAAGUCCCAGAAUCACUCAAGAAAUGUUUCUCUGAGGGUGAAAAGGUGAACUAUGAGAAGUUCAGGGUUUGGCUAUUACACAACAAAGAUGCUUUCACCUUUUCUCGUUGGCUGCUGUCUGGAGGGGUAUAUGUGACACUCACUGAUGAUAGCGAUACCCCUACCUUCUAUCAAACGCUCGCUGGAGUCACACACUUGGAAGAAUCUGACAUCAUUGAUCUUGAAAAACGAUAUUGGCUGCUAAAAGCUCAAUCAAGAACUGGACGUUUUGAUUUAGAAACAUUUGCCCCCUUAGUUUCCCCUCCUAUUCAUCCAUCUCUGAGUGAAGGUCUGUUUAAUGCCUUUGAUGAAAAUCGGGACAAUCACAUAGAUUUCAAAGAAAUUUCUUGUGGGCUCUCGGCAUGUUGCAGGGGACCCUUGGCAGAAAGACAAAAAUUUUGCUUCAAGGUUUUUGACAUUGACCGGGAUGGUGUGUUGUCUCGCACGGAACUUAAGGAAAUGGUGGUUGCACUUUUAGAAGUCUGGAAAGAUAACCGUACUGAUAAAAUACCUGAAUUGGACAUGGAUUUGUCUGAAAUUGUAGACAAUAUUUUGAAUAUGCAUGAUACCACAAAGAUUGGACAUCUAACUCUGGAAGACUACCAGAUAUGGAGUGUGAAGAGUGCUCUUGCUAAUGAAUUUUUAAAUCUACUUUUUCAGGUAUGUCAUAUAGUUUUGGGGCUACGACCUGCCACUCCAGAAGAGGAAGGACAGAUUAUUAGAGGCUGGUUAGAAAGGGAAAGCAGAUACGGCCUUCAGCCAGGGCACAACUGGUUUCUUAUUGCAAUGCCAUGGUGGCAACAGUGGAAGGAAUACGUCAAAUAUGAUGCCAGCCCUGUUGUGAUAGAGCCUUCUUCUGUCUUGAGUGGAGGUAAGAAUUCACUCAUAGCUGCUGCAGCCAGUACUUCAGAACAGGGAGAAGACAAAAUGGGAGGUCUUAAUUACUGCAGUACCCCAGAAGAAAAGUUUUCAGAUAAUAUUUCUACCGCAUCAGAAGCCUCAGAGACUACUAGCAGCAAUGCUCUUAACCCUGGCACACCAGGCACUGAUACAUGUUUUGCUAGGCAGCAUAAUACUUCGGACAAUAAUAACCAGUGUUUGCUUGGAAACAAUGGGAAUAGUUUGUUACAAUUUAAUCCUCAGAAACCAGGAGCUAUUGAUAAUCAGCCCCUGGUAACACAAGAACCAGUCAAGGCUGCAUCAUUAACAAUGGAGGGUGGAAGAUUAAAGCGAUCUCCACAGCUCGUUGAAGGAAAGGACUACGUAAUGGUACCAGAACCAGUUUGGAGAGCUCUGUAUCAUUGGUAUGGCGCAAAUCUGUCCUUGCCUAGGCCGGUGAUCAAAAACAGCAAAACAAACGUGCCUGAACUAGAGUUAUUUCCUCGCUAUCUGCUCUUUCUGAGACAGCAGCCUGCGACCCGAACGCAGCAGUCAAACAUCUGGGUGAAUAUGGGUAUGAUGAGCCUGAGAAUGUUUCCUCACCAUUUACCUAGAGGGAACGUACCUUCACCUAAUGCUCCUUUAAAGAGAGUSUUGGCUUAUACUGGCUGCUUUAGUCGAAUGCAAACUGUUAAAGAGAUACAUGAAUAUCUCUCUCAGCGGCUACGUAUAAAAGAGGAGGAUAUGCGCCUCUGGUUGUACAACAGUGAGAACUAUCUUACUUUGCUGGAUGAUGAAGAUCACAGAUUAGAGUAUCUUAAGAUCCAGGAUGAGCAGCAUUUGGUAAUAGAAGUUCGAAACAAAGACAUGAGCUGGCCAGAGGAGAUGUCUUUCAUAGCAAAUAGCAGUAAAAUAGACAGACAUAAAGUUCCUACUGAAAAGGGUGCUACUGGAUUAAGCAAUCUGGGUAACACAUGUUUCAUGAACUCCAGUAUCCAGUGUGUCAGUAAUACCCAACCUCUAACACGAUAUUUCAUCUCAGGAAGACAUCUUUAUGAACUUAACAGGACAAAUCCAAUAGGGAUGAAAGGGCACAUGGCCAAAUGCUAUGGGGAUUUGGUUCAGGAAUUGUGGAGUGGAACUCAGAAGAAUGUAGCACCAUUAAAGCUGCGGUGGACAAUAGCAAAAUAUGCUCCAAGAUUUAAUGGUUUCCAACAACAAGACUCACAAGAGCUGCUGGCGUUUCUUCUGGAUGGCCUUCAUGAGGAUUUGAACAGGGUUCAUGAUAAGCCAUACGUGGAACUGAAAGACAGUGAUGGUCGACCAGACUGGGAAGUAGCAGCAGAGGCCUGGGAAAACCAUCUGAGAAGAAACAGAUCCAUUGUUGUAGAUUUAUUUCAUGGGCAGCUUAAGUCACAAGUAAAAUGUAAAACUUGUGGACAUAUAAGUGUUAGAUUUGACCCUUUUAAUUUUUUAUCCUUGCCUUUACCAAUGGAUAGCUACAUGCACCUAGAAAUUACAGUAAUUAAAUUAGAUGGUACUACUCCGGUUCGAUAUGGCCUGAGAUUGAACAUGGAUGAAAAAUAUACAGGUCUGAAAAAACAGUUAAGUGAACUCUGUGGGCUAAAACCAGAGCAGAUUCUACUUGCAGAAGUGCAUAGCUCCAAUAUAAAGAACUUUCCUCAAGACAACCAGAARGUCCGGUUGUCAGUGAGUGGAUUUUUGUGUGCAUUUGAAAUACCAGUUCCAGGAUCUCCUACAUCAGCCUCAAGUCCUUUGCAGACAGAUCUCUCAACUGGGUCAUCAGCUAACGGAGCACUCAACAUAAUGAUGAAUGGGGACCUUCCCAAGCCAACCCUGAUUCCAAAUGGAAUGCCAAAUACUGUAGUGCCAUGUGGAACAGAGCGUAAUAACCUUGCCAACUGGACCCUCAACGGUCACGUGCCCUUGCUUUCUGAUAGUCCGUGUACAGGGUAUAUAAUUGCAGUUCACAGAAAAAUGAUGCGGACGGAGCUGUACUUCCUUUCGUCUCAGAAGAACCGUCCCAGCCUCUUUGGGAUGCCGCUCAUUGUUCCUUGUACUGUUCAUACACGGAAAAAAGACCUGUACGAUGCAGUGUGGAUCCAGGUUUCCCGGCUCGCGAGCCCUCUGCCUCCUCAGGAGGCCAGUAAUCAUGCCCAGGACUGUGAUGACAGCAUGGGGUAUCAGUAUCCGUUCACCCUGAGGGUAGUUCAGAAGGAUGGAAACUCCUGCGCUUGGUGUCCAUGGUACAGAUUUUGUCGUGGUUGUAAAAUUGAGUGCACAGAAGAUAGAGCUUGUGUUGGGAAUGCUUAUAUUGCUGUAGACUGGGAUCCAACCGCACUCCACCUACGCUACCAGACAUCACAGGAGCGGAUUGUAGAGGAACAUGAAAGCGUUGAACAAAGCCGACGAGCUCAAGCAGAGCCCAUCAAUCUGGACAGCUGCCUGAGAGCCUUCACCAGCGAGGAGGAGCUGGGCGAGGACGAGAUGUACUACUGUUCCAAAUGCAAGACGCAUUGUUUGGCCACCAAGAAACUGGAUCUUUGGAGGCUUCCCCCUAUUUUGAUCAUCCACCUGAAAAGAUUUCAGUUUGUAAAUGGCCGCUGGAUAAAAUCUCAGAAAAUUGUUAAGUUUCCCCGAGAAAAUUUUGACCCAAGUGCCUUUUUGGUGCAAAGGGAUCCAAGUCAUUUUCAAAGGAAACAGCCAACUCCCCAUGUCGACGACCUUCCUGAUGCACGGCCUCUCCAGGGGGAGUCUAGAAAAACAGAUCUGCAGAUCACUUGCACAGCAAGCGAAGGGGAUGUGCUGAACAGGAGUCCAUCUUCCCUUAACACUACUAAUGUCUUGAAUAAUAUCAAAGCAUCUCCAUCUUUGGGAAGGAAGAGUGGAACCAGCUGUCCUUCAAGUAAAAACAGUAGCCCAAAUAGCAGCCCAAGGACUUUAGGAAGAGGUAAAGGGCGCCUGCGGCUACCACAGCUAGGGAAAAACAAACUGUCAAAUAGCAAAGAGAAUUUGGAUGCGAGUAAAGAGAAUGGUACUGACCAGGAACAGAAACCCACUUCUGACCAGGGAGAUGCUCUUACUAGAGGGCAGAUUUUGGGUGGUAGCCAGAGUGAACUCUACACUGCUCAGGACACUGAGAUAACUUUAGCCAACGGAUACAUUUGUGAGCAGAAUGCAUAUAGCAAUGGAAGUAUCAAUGGUCAAAUUGAUAGCCACAGCGAGGAAGAUAUUGCAGAUGACCAAAGAGAAGAAGUUUGUGUUAACCCUAUUUACAAUCUAUAUGCAAUUUCGUGCCAUUCAGGAAUUAUGGGAGGGGGUCAUUAUGUUACUUAUGCCAAAAACCCAAACAACAAGUGGUACUGCUACAACGACAGUAGCUGUAAGGAGCUGCAUCCCGAUGAGAUCGACACCGACUCUGCCUACAUUCUUUUCUACGAGCAGCAGGGGGUAGACUAUGCACAAUUUCUGCCAAAGAUAGAUGGCAAAAAGAUGGCAGACACAAGCAGCAUGGAUGAGGAUUUUGAGUCCGAUUACAAGAAGUACUGUGUUCUGCAGUGAGCAGGAAUAGCUUUUCGGCCUGAAGAGUGUUAUCUUGGACGUUUGAGAUGCCUCAACAGAGAAACUUCAGGUUGAAGAGAGUAGCUGUGGCUGUACGYAUGGUGUCUUAAAAUGUGCACAUUGCACAAAGGGUUCCCAGCUUUUGGAAGGAAAGAUGCUUGAGCUUAUGUUUCGUGACUGGUGUUGCUUUUAAAUUUGCACUUUUAAAAAUUCAUAUAAUUAAAUUGAAAAACGUAGUUUGUUUUUGUUGUUGUAAGGGCUCUGGAGUGAAUGGCUGUGAAUUAUCCACUGUGUAUUUCAAACAGAUAAGAAGCUGUGGCCGUCAGGUAGCUAUCGUAGCAUUCAUGGAUUUUUUUAAAUUGAUUUCAUAAUUUAAUAGGGCUUUUUUCUUCAAAUUUGGUUUGCSUUUUUCAAGAUCUUUCUUGCAAGAGGUUAUGCAUAUACUUGCAAUCAAAACAGAAUUGUUUUCCAUGUCCUUGCAAAAUGCUCUUUUAAGCUAGCAGGUUAAUUGUAUGAAGGAGAAGCACGACUGAGUCUCUGCAGAAACUGAGGAAAAAAAAUGUUUAUUUUUGAGUAGGCAUUUCUUUAAAUUUCAGUGUUAAAUUUUUGGCAUAUCUGAAUCAAGAUAAAUCAUUUGCUCUUUCAACGUUUUGUUCUUCAGCUGAGUCUUAGAAGCUUACUAAUUUUAUCAAGACAUCUUCCAAAUUCUUUAGAAUUUAUAUCUUCACUAACAAAAUCUAUGACUUACAAUAUUGAUCUCUGAAGUUAAUGUUUGGCUUCCUUUUACUGUGCUUUAGAGCAAUGCCAAGCCUACCGGUAAGUGUAUUAAUUUCCAGAAAGAUCUGGGAUUUAUCUGUCUAGGAAGUUGUCUGAGCUGGUCUUGCUGCCUUUACGCGGGCGAAGGCCUCGUUGUCUUCAUCGGAGCUUGGGCCUCAAUGAAGACAGCAGAGCGGUUCCAAAAUAAGUAUUGUCUUAUCUGUGAAGUGUUGCUCCCUAUCCAAUAUGUUCUUUUAUCUUUCUCGUGGUCUAAACAUUGAGUCUGAAGAAAAGCAAACAUGAACUGUAAAUUUCUAGGUUAGAAGCAUUUUCUGUACCAUUUCUCUCCUUCCCUACGCAAACUCCAUGAAAAGAGAAAUAUUUUUCA